AAUCUCAAACUUUUUUUUUCACCUAUGUAAAUGGCAUCUAUGAUGUAUCAGUUGUUGCCUGAUUAAACUGCCUAUUAAUACCUGUCAUUAAUCAAGGGAAGGGCAGAAUUUCAGAUCAAUGUGAGUGAGACUAUAUGGGAUUUUUCCCAACCCAACUCCUUCCACAAUAAAAUCUCCAUUUAUACCCUACAAUAAAAGGAGCUUACCCCCUACCCUCCCCCACCAAAAUGCCCCUCUUCUUUUUCACUUCCAUUCCUCUGGUUUUGACAUUUUAGGAGAGGGGUUUUUCUCUUUGUAUCAAAAAAAAAAAAAAAAAGAAAAGAAAAAAAAAAAGGCAUGGCCAAGUUUGUUGCUGCUUUGCUUUUGGCUCUCAUUGCCAUUUCCAUGCUCCAAACCAUGGUCAUGGCAUCACAUGGGCAUGGCGGUCACCAUUAUGAUCAAAAACACUAUGGAUCUGGAAGUCUCAAGAGCGCCCAAUGCCCAUCCGAGUGCUCAAGGAGAUGUAGCAAAACCCAAUACCACAAGCCAUGCAUGUUCUUCUGUCAAAAGUGCUGCAGAAAGUGCCUGUGUGUGCCUCCAGGGUAUUAUGGAAAUAAGGCUGUGUGCCCUUGCUACAACAACUGGAAGACCAAGAAAGGAGGACCCAAGUGCCCUUGAAUAUUGGACCAGCUGCCCUAAACAGUCCUAUCUGCCCUUCUUUCCCCCCUUUACCCUUCAUAAAUUCUGUUGCUGACUAUUUUAAAUUAUUAUAGGUUAUGUAUCUCUCAAAAUGUUUUUUUGGAUAUGGUUGUAUUGUAUCCCCUGUAUUAUUGCAUGUCACUCCAUUGGGUAAUAUAUAUGCCCUCUCAAUGAAAGUGGCCAAAUCAAACCUUUGUUAUAUUUUAUUAUCAAUGAAGGUCUUAUAUUUAA